GAGAAGGAGGGAGAGGAGGAGAUAGAGUGUGAGCAACGGGGUGUAGCAUGCGCUUCCCUCUUUCUCAUUACACGCAACUGGACUGUAUGUAAUAUGGAAUGGUGAAUGGAGACCAAUGUCUUCCGUCACCAAUCAUGAGCUAAUGUGCAGGAGCUAAUUUUGACUAUUACUGGAAAAGGGCAUUCAACAGGCAAUCAGGAGGACUGCAGUCACAUCACGGUGAAGAAGAAGACUUUCGACAAAAAAGAUACAAAAAAAGAAAAACAACAUAGAGUUGGAUUGACAGAUCAGAGAGAGACAGAGAGAGAGAAAGAGGGAGAAGCUUCUUGACAGUGUGUAACUGUAACCACCCAUCAUCAAUACAGGCACGUCAGUCACAGAUAUGGAAAAUCCCUCUCCUGUAGCCUUCGCCCUUAAGUCUUUGUCACCAAACAAGUCGUCGAACUCCUCAGAUGAGCCCUUCCUGGUAAGAAAUGACGCCUCGACCUCGGUGGGUGCCGUCAUCCUCUCCCUGGUCUUCCUGGUGGGCGUGCCGGGUAACCUCUUCGUCAUCUGGAGCAUCCUGGCCAAGUCGCGGCGGCGCUCCAUCACCACCAUGCUCAUCCUCAACCUGGCGUGUGCCGACGGCUGCCUCAUGGCCCUCACCAUCUUCUUCAUCGUCUACCUGGCCAAGCAGACCUGGGUCUUCAGCCGCUUCCUGUGCAAGACGCUCUUCUACCUGUGCAACGUCAACAUGUACGCCUCCAUCAUGCUCAUCACCCUCAUGAGCCUGCACCGGCUGGUGGCGGUGGUGUGGCCGCACCGCGUCACCGUGCUGCAGAAGAAGAGGAUCAUGGUCCGCAUACUGGCGGGCCUGUGGCUGCUGGUGCUGCUGCUGGCGCUGCCCGCCGUCAUCUUCAGGAGGGCACGAGAGGACAAGAAGCAAAACCGCUGGGAGUGCGCUCCGGACCACACGGCCGGCUCGGAAGUGUUCCAGUAUACAUUUGAGACAGUAGUGGGCUUUCUUCUGCCAUAUGCUGUGAUAGUGAGCAGCUAUGUGUGCAUCCUACGACGACUGAAACGGACCAAGUUUAAGCGCACAGUCCGCAGUGAAAAUCUCAUCCAUGCAAUUAUUGUGAUCUUUGGCGUCUUCUGGUUACCAUAUCAUAUCAUAAAUAUCAUACAGGUUGUGGCAGCACUCUGUCCGGAAGACAGCACAUUAAGAAGAAGCUUAGACAGAAUCUGGGGGUCCAGCCGAGCGGUGACCUCUUCCCUGGCCUUCAUCAGCAGCACGGUGAACCCCAUCCUGUACACCUUUAAGGGACGCUCUUACAUGAAGAGCAACGGCCUGGGCUUCAUGGCGAAACUUUUCGAGGGCACGGCUCUGGACUCUGGCACCAGAAAGGCGAGAUCAGAAGGAGUGGGAAUGCAACCCACAGAGUCCACCACCAGUGCUGGAAAUCAGGCUGUGAUAAACGGGAAAUAACAUUCACCACAGGCACUGAGUGGACUCGAUGUGACCAGUGUGCUUCUCUUUCAGCAACUGUUCCUGUGAGGUGUGCGGUCCCACAGGCAUCAGCUUUGGUGACCUUAAUAUGCAAGGUUGCCGACAUUGCCUUGCCUUUGACAAACAGGUUUACCAUUACCACAUGGACUUUCGCUCAAAGCCUCACAUCUUACGAACUGCAAGGCAUCGUUGGCCUCAAAACGUUGUACAUUCUAUUUUACAUAUUGGCACAAUACCCCACAUUAUAUUGAUGUUCUGCUUAUUUCACUAUAAAAAAGGUACAUGUAAAAUGUAAUCUUAUCUAUUGCACUACUUCAAUGGCUGAGUACAGGCUUCAGUGUUUAGGGUGCUGGCUAACAUGAAAAUGUUUUUUCUUUGCAACUUGCAUUAACUCAUUUCAUUUGGUUACAAAGUUGCCAACUUAAAGGAUAACUUCUGCCAAUUUCGACAUGCUCACACUACCCUGGACUUGUCAGAAAGCCUACUUGAGUUUUUUUUUUCUUAGCCUUUUCCGAGAUCCUGGUCAUUGUAAUGGGGGCAGGCGUUUGUUUAAAUUUAAAAAAUAAAUAAAUCUGGAUUUACUACCAACAUCCAAAAGCUUAUGCAACAUCAGACAACUAGCAAACCGUGAUACCUUUAAGGAUAAUAUUUGGAGAAGGCCCAUGUUAAAAAGGGCUAAGUCGAAAAAAUGCAGCAUCACUGGGUAGUGACAAGUCAAGGGUAGUGUGACCAAUACAGCAGCAUAUACAUGGGUUCGCAGUGUUUGUAAACACGAUAUUGUGAGGAUCAAGACAAGGGUAGCCAACCACGUCAGCUAAUUUUUUGACCGACAGCAGUUUCCAACAAUCAGAGGUUGAGUUGUUGUGCGCAGCUAGGAGAAAAGUUUUUAGAACCCAUGUAUUGAAAUUGGCAGAAGUGAGCCUCUAACUAGGUAAAUGAUGAAACCAUGUGCAAUAGGAAAAUGGUGUGUGUGGGAUAAUGCAAGGUGUAGCCUCUCAUCCUAUUGCACUACUUGCAGGUAAGGAAACCUUUACAACAAAACAAUACGGAGGGCCUCAUAAGUGCAAUAGAUUUUGAUUUAACCAACAGGUGCAGCUUCACCAAUUCAAUGGCCAUUAAUGAGGUUCUCUUUUAGUCAAUCCCCGUUUUUGUGCCAAACAGCAAUAAACUGACACCCAGGACACCGUAACCCCAAGUAGCUUGUGGCUAUUGACCCAUUUAGAAGGAAAGUCAAUCACUGGCUGCGUGCACAUUGACACAGAUACACUGCAGAACCUAAAGAGAGAAGACCUGCCGUCCUGGACCCCGUUUCUCAACCGUGUCUUUGCUAACCAAUUAGCAACUUAGAAAGUUGCCAAUGAGAAAUUGCAUUACAACCAAGUAAGUUGCCAACUUAGCUAGCAAAGACACUUGAGAAACACACCCCUGAUGUGUAUGUUUAAAGGAAUCCUAAACGUAUACUACACUUACGCUAUUUA